AUGUCCAGAUACCCAAAGGAAAGCUUCCCAUAUUUUUCUAUGGUACUUACCAAGUUUCCUUACGAGAAAUUCAAGGAUAAAUGGGGGAAACCAAAGGCAAACCCACAAUUCAUGGCAGCUUUGGAAGAAAUUGAAGCAAACCCGGGCAUUUAUAUGCUGGGAGAGGAUCCUAGGGCUGAAAAAUUCUUGCACCAAUUUUAUGAUUUUAAAUCAAGUUCCCAAAUCGACAAUGGUGGCAGUAUCCAUAAGAACAGUGGUUCUCAUCAACGGAGGUCAACCAGAAGCAAGUCUCUGGAAUCACACGGUGGUUCUUCUGAUACUGCUUGCUCCACAGAAUCUGAGAACCAGAAAAUUGAAAUUCCUUCAGGGUAUAGGUCAGCGAAACUAGGCAGUGGAAGCAGUCGCAAAUACAAACGUCAUUGUCCCAGAAAAUCAGAAACUGAUAAGCUACAACUUUCAGUUAACAACCAAGUUGCUGGCGAUUGUCUAAGUGAUACUCCAAGCGAUAUCAGUUCAGAUCACUCACGAGUCAAUAGUUUAGAUCCAAUUGCUGAGGACAGUAAUGAUGACGAAGGAAUAAGUGAUAGUACAAAUCAGCGCUUAUUGUCUAGUAACUUUCAAGAUGAAGAUAUCAACUGUUCAACAAAACAUAGCCUAAUUCAACUAUUGGCCAGUCAUCAGAUGACAAAGAAAGCAGAGAAAAAAGCUCUAAAGAAGGCUGCUAAACGAGAAGCAAAACGGCUUGAACGACGAGCUAGAAAAGAAGCUCGACGUGAAUUGAAACGACUUCAUAAACUGGAGAAACGACGUUUAACUGAACAAGAUGGCUUAUUGUUUGAUGAACAUAAAUCAAGUACUAAAAGUUAUGAUAUUAACCAAGAGAAUUCCAACAAUCAUGUUUGGGACGAUAUCAGUGAACAAAUCGGUAAAGAUGUAAUUGAUCACUGGUCCCCGGCUCAUCUAUCAGAACCUAUUUUAACUGAUGAAUAUUCUAAUCAACAAAUUCCACUUGGUUUUGACCAGUCGGAUGAUAUUGAAUUCUCAGAUCAUGUACUGUUUUCAGCUUAUCAAAAUGAUACCUCUUAUACUAUUGGUGAACUUUUACCUGAAGUCGAUGAGUCUCCAAUCUCACCGAAAGAAUUUCAUGACUGUGAACCUAUUCCAGGCAGUAAACGACGUGAACUAUCUUCAGAUACAGAUGAAGGAAAUCAUGGUGUAGAUGAUGAUGAUGAUGUUCAGUCGGAUAGGACAGUGAAUUUGGAAUCUAAUGAUAUUCCUGCACAGAAAAGAGCUAAAGCAGAAUUUGAUAAUGAUUGUAUGCUUGAAAAAGAGACAACUUCAGCAUUAAAUAUUGAGUUUACAGUAAAAAAUGAUUUAAAAUCAAAUGAUCUACAAGAAGAGACUAAAAUAGUUGAAACCGAGUCUCUAUGCAAAUUAUCCUCUGUAACUGAACAACAUAUUUCUGAUUCUAAACCUCAAACUGUUUCAAAGUCCACUGUUAACAGACGAAAAUUUUCAGGUCAACAAUCUCGUAUACGUAAAAAGCUUAUUUCUAUCUCAGAUAGUUCAGAUGAAAAUAAUGAAGUUCAUCUAGAGAAAAAGUUGAAUAAUUCAAUUUGUUUAUCAUCAAAUGAUUCUGAUUUGGAGAAUGAUACAUUAAAAAAUCAAUGGAUAAACACUAUUAAAUCAUCUGAUGAUAAUGAUCAGAGUUGUGUACAAACCAAACAAAUCGAUUCUAUUUCACCACAAUCAUCAAUAAUAAAACUUAAUAAAACUGUAAAAUCUAAAAAACAGAAAAUUAAUCAUACUACAACUAAAAGUAAAGUGAAACAAAAGCAAUCAGAAAAACAUUCUAAUGAAGUGAUUACUAUUCAUGAAGAAAAAAGAUUGUCUACUAAUUCAAAUGGUAUACGUCAGACGGUAUUAUCAUCAUCAUCAUCAUCAUCAUCAUCAAAUGAUCCAUUCAGCCAAUUGAAUCAUUGUUGCCGUGAUUUAAAGACAAGUUUAAUUAGAGGACAUGAGAAUUUUAUCGCAGCUGUACAAAUAUUGACAAAAGUUCGUUCAAUCCCUGUUCGACUCCCUCAGUUAGCUGAAGCAUGGGAUCUUAUGGAUUGUAUUAAAAAGUGUCGACGAUACAAACUUUCAGCUGAAGUUCGUGAUGCUGCUCAGUCAACUUUUCAAUUCUUUCAGUCUUUACAAGCGAAUGCUACCAAAGAAGAGCUGACUCAGGCGCAAGCGCUUAUCGCAGCUCACCAAAAUCGAGUUCAUGCAUCAGUUCAAGACUCUACUGCAGAUAACAAACUAAAAACUGAGACACCUCCUACUCCUGCACAAAACGAUCGACCAUUACAGAAUAAUACACACUUGAAUACAUUGCAAACUUCAACCAUUCCUUCUGUUUCAACUGAUUCAGUAUCGAUACAAAAGCUUAGUGUUAAUGAGCCUGAGAAUUUGACAGCUGAUUUAGAAGCUAAAGUAGAUGAUGUCUUAUCACGGAUCCGUGCUACAGAAGAGCGUAUGGCUGCAGCUGCAGCGGCGUCUACACGACCUGAAACACCGUACAAAUCGUUAUCUAGUCAUAUGAUUAACCCGUCUACUAGAUCAUCAGGUGGUCGAAUAAUCAGAGCUUCAGCUGUCGCUGCUGCCACUGCUCAUAUGCAUGAUGAAGAAGAUGAAGAGACUGUAAUGUCACGAGUUGAACAGGUGGCUGCUUUUGAAGCAGCUACUGAAGGAAAUCCAAAUACUAACACUAUUGGAUCACCUCCACCCCCUCCUCCACCGCUACCACCACCUUUUCAUUCUGUCACAUCCUCAGAUCAAUUUGAAUCUAAAACAUCUCCAAGUGUUGAUCUGGAUCUUGAUUCACGUAUCCAGUUAUUCAUGUCAGCGGCUAAGUCAAAAAAAUCUUCCAAGAUUCCCGCUUCUGAAGUCACGACUACUAAUAGUACUGCUACUAUCCAACAAAAAGCACCUAAUAUCACUUCAUCACCUUCAUCUAAUCUAUUGCCAGCACUUUUAGCUAAGCGUAAAUUAAUAGCUGAUAAACUUGCUGCUACAAAGGCAGCUGGAUCACCGAUUAAACAUUGUCAUCCGGUUACUUCACCGUUACCAUCACCACCAUCAUCGAAUAAUGAAAUAAAUUAUUCAGAGAAAGUUUCUCCUUCCUCCAGUGAAUUGCCUUUUUCUUCCAAGGUAUCCUCUUCAUUGAAAUCAUCGUCGAAAGAUGAUGAAUUAUAUGAUUUAUUAGGUGUAUGA